CUCUUGUUUUCUCUAAAACGAUGAAUAUUCAACAUUGGGCUUCAUUCAGAACUUGCAAAGGAGCACCCGUUUUAGUAAUUUUAUUGUUUUUCAAGGCUCCAAGAGAAAAUUGCAGAACGGAGUGAAUAGGAAGACAUUUAGGCUAUUUCCUUUUCUAAUUCUUUGUCAUUUUUUGUUGUGAUUUAAACUAACAGUUGUAUUAAGACAGAAAAUAAGAACUUCAGUCGAGGCACCUAUUUCUUCCGGAAUGUUUUCCCGGUCUUAAGUAGCCACAGUAGUGUGUGACGCUUGUGUCUAGCUUUCCCAGUCCCUUAUUGACUCUCUCUGGAUCUACUCCCUGCUUUUCCACGUAGACUCCAGAUUUUUAUUCUCUUUGCCUGUGGCUUAUUCCCAAUACUUCCUCAUCCCAUUCCUCUGAAUAUUCCAAGUUUCCUUUUAACGCGGUAAAGCAUUAGAAAUUCAGAAUCCAUCGGAUAUAUGCUAGCGCUACUUAACUUGUAGUUUGGCUAGCAAUAUUUACUGUUAGCAUUCCUAUUUGAGAUUUUGCACUACUUCUGGUACAAUUAGUCUUCUAUGUUUGACCACCUGCCUUUUCAGAUUUCACAGCUGUCCUUUGUUAAAAUGUCUUGUUAACCCUCCUUUACCUUGUUGUUAACGGAAUCUGUGUAAAUUAACCCUCUUUUUUUAAUGUGCGACUUUGAUUUUCCUGUGACGUAGAGUUGAUCAAGUUUUAACUCUGACAAAAAAACUAAUGUAACUUAACCUAAGGAAUAUAAUAAUAUUUUUAUGCUGUCUUUCUUCUCUCCGUAUUUAAAUCUACAGAAUCCUUUGGUAAGUGCUUAGUUCUGAAGCACACUUCACUCCCAACUAAUUUUUCUUCAUGUUAUAACUAUUAAUAAAAUGCAUGGCAUGCAUUUUACUAACAGUUAGUGUAGACACAAAGAUAACGCUAGUGGCACACAUACUUUCCCCCCACAAAGCUUUCCUAUAAGCAAUACUGGCACCUUUUCCAGAGCACACACAUUUCACCCAGCUUUAGCCCGGUAGAUGUCAUAUCCCCCACCUUAGUAAUAAAACCUACCUAUCUACCCUCACUGUAUGGUCAAUCACUCACUCACCUACUCACAAACUCACUCACUCACUCACUCAAUACUGUAUAGCCUACUACCACUACAGAGAUUUAAGCAGAUGUUUAGCGAUUACUAGGUCAAGCUAAAGGGUUCCAGGUCUCUUAAACGAGUCUCUUCCCUCUCAUAUUCAAACUCCUCCAAGCCUUCCCUUCAGUAGAUGGUCUUCAGAAUCCAUGCCACUUCCAAAAUGGCACCUCCCCUGUGGCACACCACUGUACAACGUUCUCUGACCUUCUCUGACCUAUGAUACCUUCCUAAGAUGAAUCCUGUCUUUUUUUGCCAAUAGAGUACAGAGUUCUCUCUCUUUCUAGCUCUCUCUCUCUUUCUCAUUUCUCUUUCCUCUAGUCCGCUUUAUUUACGUACUCUGUUAAGUCUAAUUUGAUUCUUCUUCCAAAGCCCCCAGCCUGUAUCUUCUCCUACUAAUGAUUCUUCUUUCUAAUCUUAUUUGCAUUCAUAUUAUCCACCCAGGUGGUACACCAAUAAGAGGGGCCCUCCAGAUUGAGCAGAGCGAAGAGUCCGACCAGGGGAAGUACGAGUGCGUCGCCACCAACAACGAUGGAACCCGUUAUUCUGCCCCCGCCAAUCUAUAUGUCAGAGUGCGCCGGGUGCCCCCGCGGUUCUCCAUCCCGCCUACGGACAAUGAGAUCAUGCCUGGAGGCAGCGUCAACAUCACCUGUGUGGCUGUGGGCUCCCCCAUGCCCUACGUCAAAUGGAUGCUGGGAGCCGAAGACCUGACGCCCGAGGACGACAUGCCCAUAGGGCGAAACGUUUUGGAGCUCACUGACGUCCGCCAGUCUAACAACUAUACCUGCGUAGCCAUGUCCACUCUCGGGGUUAUUGAGGCGGUGGCGCAGAUCACGGUGAAAGCAUUGCCCAAGCCGCCCGGCAUUCCCUUGGUUACGGAGCGCACGGCCACCAGCAUCACGCUGACAUGGGACUCAGGCAACCCUGAGCCAGUCUCCUACUACAUCAUCCAGCACAAGUCCAAGAUCUCAGAGGACACAUACAAGGAGAUCGACGGCGUGGCCACCACUCGAUACAGCGUGGGCGGCCUCAGUCCCUACUCGGACUACGAGUUCCGAGUGGUGGCGGUGAACAACAUCGGGCGUGGGCCGCCCAGCGAUGGCAUCGAAGCCAAGACGGCCGAGCAGGCACCUAGCACGGCGCCCAGGCAGGUCAGGGGUCGUAUGCUCAGUGCCACCACAGCCAUCAUCCACUGGGACGAACCAGAGGAGGCCAAUGGGCAGAUUAUGGGCUACCGUGUGUACUACACCAUGGACUCUGCCCAGCACGUCAACUUGUGGGAGAAGCAGAUAGUGCGUGGGUCAAACUUCCUCACUAUUCAAGGCCUCAUCCCUAACAAGACCUAUUACAUUAAGGUCCUGGCCUACACGUCGGUGGGCGAUGGACCUCUGUCUGCAGAUCUCCAGAUCAUUGCCAAGACGGGGGUCCCCUCUCAACCGACCGACUUCAAAGGGGAAGCCAAAUCCGAAACAAGUAUACUACUAUCAUGGAUAGCCCCUGCACAGACCGGACAAGACAAUCAAAUCAUGGGAUAUGAACUUCUGUACAAGAAGGGGGACGACAAGGAGGAGAAACGAAUCAGCUUUGAACCAACCACCACAUACCUGCUGAAGGACUUGAAACCCUUCACUACUUAUACUUUCCAGCUAGCCGCGCGUAGUAAGCAUGGUAUCGGAGCCUACACCAACGAGAUCUCUGCAGAAACCCCUCAAACACAGCCCUCAGCCCCACCUCAGGAUGUGAAGUGCUCUAGCCCCAGCUCCACCAAUAUCCUGGUAAGUUGGCGGCCGCCCCCUACGGAGUUACAGAAUGGGAUCAUAACCAAGUAUGCCAUCCAAUACGCUGCAACUGAAGGGGAGGACACCACCAUCCGACAAAUAUCCGACAUCCCUCCCGAAAGCGCCCAGUACCUCUUGGAAAACAUGGAAAAAUGGACCGAAUACCGUGUGACAGUGACUGCUCACACAGAUGUCGGUGAAGGACCUGAAAGUUUACCACAACUUAUUCGCACCGAGGAGGAUGUUCCCAGCGGCCCACCUCGUAAAGUCGAGGUGGAGGCUGUCAACUCCACAUCAAUUAAAGUGAUCUGGCGCUCGCCGAUGCCCACCAAGCAGCACGGGCAGAUUCGAGGGUACCAGGUGCACUAUGUCAGGAUGGUUAAUGGGGAACCCAUGGGACAGCCAGGCAUCAAGGACAUCUUGAUCGAGGAUGCGCAGUGGGAAUAUGAUGACUCAACUGAACAUGAAAUGGUCAUCUCAGAGCUGCAGGCUGAGAGCACGUACUCGGUUGCCAUGGCAGCCUACACGACAAAGGGAGACGGCGCUCGCAGCAAGCCCAAGCUGAUCACCACCACUGGCGCAGUACCUGAAAAACCACGACUCAUGGUCAGCCCUACCAACAUGGGCACUGCCCUCCUCCAGUGGCACCCUCCCACGUUAACCCAUGGCCCCCUGCAGGGCUACCGCCUUCGCUUUGGCCGCAAAGAUGUCGACCCCCUCACCAUCAUCGAGUUCCCUGAGCGCGAGAACCACUACACCACCAAAGAGAUCCACAAGGGGGCAUCAUACACAUUCCGAUUGUCUGCCCGCAACAAGGUGGGCUUUGGCGAGGAGACAGUAAAAGAGAUCAACACUCCUGAAGAUGUGCCUAGCGGCUUCCCACAAAGCAUUGCGGCCGAAGGCGGCACUACCACCACCAUUCAGGUGAAUUGGAAUCCCCUGUUACUGGCGGAGCGCAACGGCAUUAUCGUGAAGUACGCCCUGCAGUACAAGGACAUCAAUAGCCCUCGGAGUCCCUCAGAACUCUUCAUCACCGCCCCAGAGUCCACCGUCACCCUGGACGGCCUCAAGGCUGACACCACUUACGAUAUCAAAAUGUGUGCCUUCACCAGCAAGGGCUCCGGCCCCUAUAGUCCCAGUGUCCAGUUCAGGACACAGCCCUUGGAUCAAGCAGUGUUUGCAAAAAACUUUCAUGUGAAAGCUGCCAUGAAGACAUCUGUGCUCCUCACCUGGGAGAUCCCAGACAACUAUAACGCAGCUCAGCCCUUCACAAUCCUCUAUGACAAUGGCCAGAGCGUGGAGGUGGAUGGCAAGCUCACUCAGAAGCUUAUCACGGGUCUGCAGGCCGGGACGCAGUACUCCUUCCUGCUGACCAACCGGGGCAACAGCGCUGGCGGUCUCCAGCAUCGCGUCUCCACCAUGACCGCCCCGGACAUCCUGCGCACCAAGCCCUACCUGAUUGGCAAGACCAACUUGGAUGGCAUGGUCUCUGUGGAGCUGCCCUCAGUCCAGACUUCAGAGAAAGUCAGGGGAUACUACAUAGUGGUGGUGCCUCUGAAGAAACAGCGCACAGGAAAAUAUCUCAAACCCUGGGACAGUCCAGAUGAAAUGAAUCUAGAAGAGCUGCUCAAAGAGAUUAACCGAACAAGCCGAGGCCUUCGCUUCCGGAGGCAAGCUGAGCCCAAAGCCUACAUUGCUGCCUACUUCAAAGACCUUCCUACCGAGUUCACUCUGGGAGACACCAAGAUCUAUGGGGACUUUGAAAACAAGCAGCUUGCCAAUGGCCAAGAGUACAUCUUCUUUGUGCUUGCUGUCCUCGAGAUCUCUGAAAAUACCAUGUAUGCCACCAGCCCCUACUCUGACCCUGUCGUGUCAGCUGACCUUGACCCCCAGCCAAUCAUUGACGAGGAGGAGGGACUUAUCUGGGUGGUGGGCCCAGUGCUCGCUGUGGUCUUCAUCAUCUGCAUCGUCAUCGCCAUCCUCCUGUACAAGAGCAGCAAACCAGACAGGAAAAGGGCAGAAUCCGAAGCGAGAAAAGGAAGUCUGCCCAACAGUAAGGAGAUUCCGUCUCAUAACCCCACCGACCCUGUGGAGCUUCGACGCAUGAACUUCCAAACACCUGGUUCAGGUGACCCCGGUUACCCCAGUAACCUCCAUUUGUCAAGCAUGGCCAGCCACCCACCGAUCCCCAUCCUGGACCUAGCUGAUCAUCUGGAGCGUUUGAAAGCCAACGACAACCUAAAGUUUUCGCAGGAAUACGAGUCCAUCGAUCCCGGGCAGCAGUUCACGUGGGAACACUCCAACCUGGAAGUCAACAAACCAAAGAACAGAUAUGCUAACGUGAUAGCAUACGACCACUCCAGAGUCCUGCUAUCGGCUAUUGACGGUAUCCCUGGAAGUGAUUACAUCAAUUCCAACUACAUUGACGGCUAUAGGAAGCAGAAUGCAUACAUCGCCACGCAGGGCUCGCUGCCAGAGACAUUUGGUGACUUCUGGAGGAUGAUCUGGGAACAGCGGAGUGCCAACAUCGUCAUGAUGACCAAGCUGGAGGAGAGGUCCAGGGUGAAAUGUGACCAGUACUGGCCCACUAGAGGGACGGAGACCUACGGCCUCAUCCAGGUGACGCUGUUGGACACGGUUGAGCUGGCCACAUACUGUGUCAGGACAUUUGCACUUUAUAAAAAUGGUUCCAGUGAGAAGAGAGAGGUGAGGCAGUUCCAGUUCACUGCCUGGCCUGACCAUGGUGUACCCGAGCACCCCACUCCGUUCUUGGCCUUCCUCAGACGGGUCAAAGCCUGUAACCCCCCAGAUGCAGGGCCCAUGGUGGUACACUGCAGUGCCGGGGUCGGGCGCACGGGCUGCUUCAUCGUAAUCGACGCCAUGAUGGAGCGCAUCAAGCAUGAGAAGACGGUGGACAUCUACGGUCACGUGACGCUGAUGCGCGCCCAGCGGAACUACAUGGUGCAGACGGAGGACCAGUACGUGUUCAUCCACGACGCGCUCCAGGAGGCCGUCACCUGCGGCACCACCGAAGUGCCUGCCCGAAACCUCUACGCCUACAUCCAGAAGCUGACCGGGAUCGAGGGUGGAGAGAACGUCUCAGGCAUGGAGCUGGAGUUCAAGCGUUUAGCCAACACUAAAGCCCAUACGUCGCGAUUCAUCAGUGCCAAUCUCCCCUGCAACAAGUUCAAGAACCGCCUUGUGAACAUAAUGCCAUACGAGUCCACACGAGUGUGUCUUCAGCCAAUCCGAGGGGUGGAGGGCUCCGACUACAUCAAUGCCAGUUUCAUUGAUGGAUACAGGCAACAGAAAGCCUAUAUUGCCACACAAGGGCCUCUAGCAGAGACCACGGAGGACUUCUGGAGGAUGCUCUGGGAACACAACUCCACAAUCGUGGUCAUGCUAACGAAGCUCAGAGAAAUGGGCAGGGAAAAAUGCCACCAGUAUUGGCCAGCAGAGAGGUCGGCCAGAUACCAGUACUUUGUGGUGGACCCCAUGGCUGAGUACAACAUGCCCCAGUACAUCCUGAGAGAGUUCAAAGUGACUGACGCCAGGGAUGGACAGUCUCGGACGGUCAGGCAGUUUCAGUUUACAGACUGGCCCGAGCAAGGAGUGCCAAAAUCGGGAGAGGGCUUCAUCGAUUUUAUCGGCCAAGUGCAUAAAACAAAAGAACAGUUUGGUCAAGAUGGGCCUAUCUCAGUCCAUUGUAGUGCGGGCGUGGGUAGGACCGGAGUCUUCAUCACCCUCAGCAUCGUAUUAGAGCGGAUGAGGUACGAGGGCGUGGUGGAUAUUUUCCAGACGGUGAAAAUGCUCCGGACACAGAGACCGGCCAUGGUGCAGACAGAGGAUCAAUACCAGUUCUGUUACAGAGCUGGCUUGGAAUACCUUGGGAGCUUUGACCACUAUGCUACGUAAGAGUCCCUGUCCCGGAGGAAAAGCAGAAGGCCCUUGGACAACCCCAGCGAGCCUCUCUUCUGAGCCAUAAUUUCCUGUUUGAGAAAGUACUUCUUAACUCCUAGCUAAAGACUCAAUUAAGUGUUGGAUGUGAGACACAAAAAUGUCAAAAAAUUUAUAAAGAUGAUUCCUGGAGGACCAAGUGUUUCCCAAAACCCAUGGAACUCACCCUGAUGUGGGAAAGAGAGAGGGAAUCCUGACUGUUGAAGCAUCUUAUGGAAUAUUUUUUAUUCUUCUGUUGCUUCAAGGAUUUGUCUUGGGUUCAAAUAACUGAAAGAAACAUAAACAAAAAAAUAACAGAACGUACUAUUACAUCGACAAGUAAUGCAUCAUAUUACAAACUAUAGGAGAGGCAAAUGGAGGCACAGAGAAUGGCUUAAAACUCGAUGCACAUUGUAAAGAGACAUUUCUGUUCCACAAUCAAACUACGCAGAGACAACUACCCAUCAAAAAAGAAGACACCAGUGCUUGGUCCAAUAUGAAAAACAGGACACAGCUAAAGUAAUAAUUAAUAAUAUACCCAGUUUCCUGUCACAACAUUCAUCAUUUAAACAAUUGGGGGGAAGUGGGAAUGUUUAAAGAUAUAUGAAACAAAUAAAACCUAUUGAUUUCGUUUUUUACUAUACAGCUGAGAUGUGCUUAAUUUUGAACCAUGUGAAAUUUGAUUUCCUUUUUUUAACAAAACAAUCACUCGACAAAGUGAAUCAAACAAAGUACUUGCGUAAUCGUUCAUUUUUUCCUGUAGAACUUUUCUAAUGUAUGCACCGUCAUGCAGAGAAAGUCUUCGCUCUUUUCGGUUUUCUUGCAAUUUUUUUUUAUGAUUGUUUCUCGCACUUUGUGCAGUCCUGUAUUCACACUACCAAAUGUUGACUUUGUUACAGGGUUUUUAGUUUAGUUUUUUAGUUUAGUCUUAUUUGUCCAUGAUCACAUACACAAUAACCUACUUACACCCAUGUAAUAAACUGGGGCUUUGUGGAAUCAACAGGGAUGAGCAAAGUAUGAAGUUGCUGCUACCGAUUAUCUUAGUUCUUCCAUGUUAGAAUGAUGGUAAAAGAUGAGCACCUGAUGGAUAAAAUACAUUAAAUUAUAUAUACAUAUUUAUGUUAUAUAAGAUGACAGAUAUAUACAUUAUAUAUGAUUAAUACAUUUGCAUAACCUAUAACAUAUGUAUAUUGAAAUAAAGUACAUAAUUUAUGGCUAUAUAUGAAACGAAAGGAUUGUAUAUGAAAGCUUAUACAAUGAGAUUUCUAUACUUUGGGGGAAAUUAAGAUAUUUUUCACUGGAAUGCACAUCAAUAGGACAAAAACGCAUUCUGAUUCAGUGCAUAUUUUCUUGUGCAAUAAAUAGGUGUAUUAUAGAUAGGGUCAUGUGGAUACUUUGUUAGACAUCAUGACAAUGUUGUUCCCGUGGUGAGGCUUGUUGGGAACGUCACGUAUCACCAGUGUAUAUAGAUACGCUCAUACAGUCUGUAGUUCCAUAGCAGAGCAGGGGGUCCCUUAGACUAAGUCAUUGCUCCAUACAAUAGGGCAAGGUACAUAGAUGUAAAUUUCAUCUUGAGGUUUUCAAACGCUCAAUGGCAUAACGUGUUUUCAUUUAGCAUUUAGAGUGCCUUAUAUUUAUACCUGUUUUUUAUAACGUUCAUUUAACACAUUAUUGUAUUCUUUGAGAAGUCCGUGCAUAUAGAACAUAUAACAAACUGUAUAUUACAUUUUUACCUUAAGUAUUCAUUUGUCACAUAAUAUGAAAUUAUAUAUGCAAAUACGUACAUGGCAAGGCCCUAUUUUCAUUUUCUGUUGCCUUAAUGUGGCUUAGUAAAAAGAAUAAAACAUCGAAGACUCCCAUGUCGUUCACUGAUACCUUCGCAGAAAGUCGAUGUGCAUUUGCAACAAACUAGGACUAUUCAGUUUAUUAAGACUAUUAAUGAGUCAAUGCCACAUGCCUGUUGUCAACAAAGACCAUGGGAAAGAUCAUGAGAAUAUUUGUGGAGUCAAUGAGCUUUCCUGACUGUUCAAAUAGGGCCGCAUGUUCGACACUCCUUGUAUAGACGAAGUGUAUAGACACUCAGCCAAAGGAUCCCUUCACUAUGCCUUAGGCUUGAAAGUAUUCAACUGAUACAUUUAUUUGCAGUUAUAAACAGUUGCGGAAAGAUACAAACUGUUGGAACAGGUUAGUGUUACAACUCUGACAAUCCUUAAGUGUGUGUUACAUCUGCUAUCGUGGAGGACUUCUACGGUUUUCAGGGGGGAGGACACAAAAUAUUUUGGACCCCUCUUUUAUUUGACCCUCUUUGAUGGCUUUGUGGAUGUGCAUUCCAGGUGCUUUCUUUCCCUUUUUAUUUCAUGUAGCUAAAUUGUUUCAUUUUUUGGAUCGGUUGCUUUAUAUAUAUAUAUAUAUAUAUAUAUAUAUAUAUAUAUAUAUAUAUAUAUAUAUAUACACACGACCUUUCAAGAGUUUGGGGUCACUUUGAAAUGUCUUUGUUUUUGAAAGAAAAGCACAUUUUUUGUCUAUUAAAAUAACAUCAAAUUGACUGGCUCUAACCAACGUCAACAGUGCAGAGGCAUCCGGGAUGCCUUCUAGGCAGAGUUGCAAAGAAAAAAACAUAUUUCAGACUGGCCAAUAAAAAGAAAAGAUUAAACUGGGCAAAAGAACACAGACACUGGACAGAGGAGACUGGUGUUUUGCGGGUAAUAUUUAAUGAAGCUGCCAGUUGAGGACCUGUGAGGUGUCUGUUUCUCAAAAUAGACAUUCUAAUGUACUUGUCCUCUUUCUCUGUUGUGCACCGGGGGCCUCCCUCUCCUCUUUCUAUUCUGGUUAGAGUCAGUUUGCGCUGUUCUGUGAAGGGAGUAGUACAAGGCGUUGUACGAGAUCUUCAGUUUCUUGGCAAUUUCUCGAAUGGAAUAGCCUUCAUUUCUCAGAACAAGAAUAGACUGGCGAGUUUCAGUAGAAAGGUCUUUGUUUCUGGCAGCCUGUAAUCGAACCCACAAAUGCGGAUGCUCCAGAUACUCAACUAGUCUAAAGAAGGCCAGUUUUAUCGCUUCUUUAAUCAGGACAAUGGUUUUCAGCUUGCUAACAUAAUUGCAAAAGGGUUUUCCUAAUGAUCAAUUAUCUUUUUAAAAUGAUAAACUUGGAUUAGCUAACACAAUGUGCCAUUGGAACACAGGAGUGAUGGUUGCUGAUAAUGGGCCUCUGUACGCCUAUGUAGAUAUUCCAUUAAACAUCAGCUGUUUCCAGCUACAAAAGUCAUUUACAAUAUUAACAAUGUCUACACUGUAUUUCUAAUCAAUUUGAUGUUAUUUUAAAAUGGACAAAAAAUUGCUUUUCUUUCAAAAACAAGGACAUUUCUAGGUGACCCCAAACUUUUGAACAGUAGUGUAUAAAACAUUUUAAAAGUGCUUUUAUUAUUUAACCUCGAUGCCACAUUUUAUGUACCUAGUUCAGCAGUCUUUGUACAUUAAUUGAUCCACAACAUUCAUUUUAUUUUCCUAUCUUGAUCUUUUGAUUUCCCAUUAUGCAUGGUGAAACAUUGCAAAAUGGCCGCAGCAGGCCGAGUAGGAAGAAUUGCACUUUCUAUAUCUCUUUAUACUAUGCACUGCCCUAUUGAUUCUGAACCCAAUAAUAUAUUACUUGAACCCAUCUGUAAGAAUCUCCUUCAACGUUCACGUUGUGUGUAUGUAAAUAACACAAAAAAGGUAUCAACUUUGAAAAGACAAAAAAGAAAGUUUGUGGCAAAAAGAGCAUCCAUUCUGGUGCCAUGAUUACUCCAGAAGACGACUUUCCUAAAUUUGUCCCAACCAUCUGUUAUUAACUAACGUGGCUUCGCCAUUCAAGCUUGGAGUGUCAUUACAGAAAUAAACGUUGUGUUCUCUCUGCUCUCUAUCUAUCGCUCGUCUGGAUGCAUAGACUGAAAUUAAUUAAUGAAAUUGUAAACAAAAAAAUGGCUUGUUAAAAGAAUCAUACAAUUACCUCUGGUUAGUUGUAAGCGUAAAUUGUUUUGUUUUUCUGAAUGAAAGGAGUGCUUUUUAUUUUCUUACUUAGGUUACAUUGGUGGCGAAAUAAGUCUGUAUGAAAAUCAGUUAUUUGCUGACACAAGUUCCAUUUGUUAUAAAUGAAUUCUAUUAAACAAUGUCUGUGUUAUGCA